AUGUCGUCCUCUGUCUUCUUUCUUUUCUACCUCUCGGCCUCGUGUGGGAUUCUUAUCUUCACUCGACCCACAUGUUUACGAUGUGCCGUCGGCACCAGUGAGCGAAUACUCCCUACUGCAUUCACCGUGCUCAUCACUUCUUGCACAGUCAGGAAUGUCUACCUCCGAUGUGGCCAUACUGUCAACCUCCCUGAAGAAACUACUGAAUGCGAGGAUGCUAACUGCAAGUUUAGUUCCUUCCAUCCAGGAAACUGCAAACCACCGGCUUGUCUGCGAACUUGUUGGAAAUAG